AUGUCUCCGCCGGACCAAACUACUUCGUCAUCCAGCCAGCCUGUCUUGGACGAGACGCUGUCUAGCAAGCCCCAUGUUGAGGUGACGUCUGCUCAGGACCCUGCGGUAGGGCAGUCCAAAACUACAAGCGAUCGCGACCAUGACUUGAACUUGGAGAACGAUGCCGGAACGGACGAUAAUCUGAUCGACUUUGGCGAUCAACCAUCUGACACCCCGGCACAGGAGGAUAAGGUUGACGCCGUUGAGGAUCGUCUCUCAGAGAAAGCCAAGGGAAAACAAGCUGCCGAUGACCAGCAAACCCCGACCGAAUACAUAAACACGCAUACCUCGACGGCAGCUAGAACUAGACCUACCGCGUUGCCUUUGUCGAACGAUAACACCACUCAGUACCUCACCGCCGAACCAUCCACUUACGUUGACCCCACGCCUGCGACCCCAACAACCUCUCAACCUCCUUCACGAACUCCUUCAAAUGCUGCGCGCUCCCACUUGUCCAGAGAUCCAUCUCCUUCAAAAUCAGAUGCCGAGGAUGACGAGAGACGAUACACAAGCGAAGAUGAUCAUGAACCUGGCUCAAGGUCCGAAAUCCAAAGUAUUAUGCAGCAGUUCAGCGAAUUCGGUGGUGGCCCUGGGGAGGAAGAAGUCAUGAGUCCCAGACUGGAAAUUGCAUCACCGAUGCUAGGCCACUCUGUUCAACACCCACCUCGAAAAUCUAGUCUGGAACCUCUUGCGCCUACACUGUCGGGUCAGAUGCAAGGCUUACGCAUCUCUACAAGUUCCCCUCCCGAUGAAACGUCAACCAAAACUGGCGUUGAAGAUCUGGGACCGCCUGUUCCUCCAAAGGACGGUGUUCAUGGAACGCCUCCGCGGCCUAAAACGGAGCGCACCAUGAGCGUCGCUUCUCCUAGCUCGCCGGCACAGUCUUAUCGACCUCCUCCUCCUGAACCCGAGCCGGAACCUACUCAACCUUUUGACUUUCAUAGAUUUCUCGAACAACUACGAAACAAGAAGGCAGAUCCUGUGGCGAGAUACCUCAAGUCUUUCCUCUCCGAGUUUGGUAAGCGACAAUGGAUGGUUCAUGAGCAGGUCAAGAUUAUUGGGGAUUUCCUUGCCUUUAUCGCCAACAAGAUGGCACAAUGCGAGGUUUGGAGGGAUGUCUCUGAUGCUGAGUUCGACAAUGCUCGCGAGGGGAUGGAAAAGUUGGUCAUGAACAGGCUAUACACGCAGACAUUCUCACCUGCAAUCCAAGCCCCUAAACCCAUCCCAGGAGCCAAGCCCAAGCGCAAGGGUGGUGAUAUCCCUCUCGGGCCUGGUAGACGAGGUCAGCAUCAGGAAGAUGUCGAGAGGGAUGAUAUUGUGAGGCAAAAAAUGAGUAUUUAUGGCUGGGUGAGGGAAGAACACCUGGAUAUCCCACCAGUUGGCGAGAGUGGACGUCGGUUCUUGAAGCUAGCCCAGCAAGAGCUGCUCAAAAUUAAGUCUUACAGGGCGCCACGGGACAAGAUCAUUUGUGUCUUGAACUGUUGCAAGGUGAUCUUUGGUCUUUUGAAACAUAACAAGUCAGAUUCCUCGGCUGACUCCUUCAUGCCCCUCCUCAUAUAUGUCGUUCUGCAAUCAAAUCCAGAACACUUAGUGUCUAAUGUGCAAUACAUUCUGCGCUUCAGGAACCAAGAAAAGCUUGGAGGUGAAGCGGGUUAUUACUUGUCCUCAUUGAUGGGAGCUGUGCAGUUUAUCGAGAACAUGGAUAGAACUACCUUGACGAUCACUGAUGAAGAGUUUGAGAAACAUGUGGAAGAGGCUGUCUCGGCCAUCGCGGAAAAGCACGCCCAAUCACCACAGGCCGCGCAGCCACCAGUAUUCAACGAGAAGUCCGUACCAUUCCCUGGCGAGACAUCUGCUCGGCCUUCUCUUGAUGGACCGCGGCGCUCAACAUCAAACGAUGAGUAUACAGGAGAAGAGAAGGCUGCCAUCACUGGUCUUCUCAAGACCAUACAAAAGCCUCUUUCCACCAUCGGGAGGAUGUUUUCCGACGAUGGAGGCCCAUCCCUCGACGCCGGGCCUAGUAGUGCACCUCGAACUCCAGCGCCUCCAGAACGCCAGAGCCGUGAGGAGCCACGUGAACAUCAGCCAUCGUCGAAACGUGCACUAUCCGCAGAAGAGGCGGCCGCAAGACAAGCGAGUGCCGAAGUAGCUGAGGCUCAGCGGCUUUCCCGUGCAGAGCAUACCAACGUUGUCGAAACACUGGCAGGCAUGUUCCCCGAUCUAGAUAGGGAGGUGAUCAGUGAUGUGGUUUAUGAGAAGGAGGGCAGGGUUGGCUUGGCUGUUGAUGCAUGUCUCGCCCUAUCAACAUGA